AUGGCUGCCGAGAUCCCAGCUGAGAAGUUUGGGAAAUGUCGGUGCGAGACGCACCACGCUAAGAGCAUCCUGUACCAGAUCCUUAACCAAGAGCGCGGAAGUGAGACCCAGUGGGACCGGCAGUAUUGCCGUCCCCAUCGCUCCACAGGAAGCAAGAGCUGCUCUUGUACGGACAGGAGAAGAGUUGUCCUGAAAACACCAGAAGACACGUGCCGAAGAGCUUCUGAAGUGCUCGUGAAGACUUUAACGUUUAUUAGAAACUUGCCUUCCUUUUAUCACCUGCCUUGGGAGGAUCAGGUUGUCCUCGUACAGCAGAACUGGGCCCCUCUUUUUGUCCUGGGCAUGGCACAAGAAGGGGUAGAUUUUGACCUGAGAGAGAUUUCAGCCCCAAGUUUAUUGAAAAAAAUCCUUCUCAAUCAGUCUUUGACAGCUAGCAAUGAACUGGGCAGCUCGUCACUGGGAGCAUCUUUAGCAGAAGUUCAGAAGAUGAAGAAUUUAUUGUGGAAAUUCUGGGACCUGGACAUAAGUGCAAAAGAAUAUGCUUAUCUUAAAGGAAUUAUUCUUUUUAAUUCUGGAUGCCAUGUCCUAAAAUAUCUCCCCUAUGUACAAACACUGCAGCAGGAAGCUCAGCAAGCCUUGAUGGAGUUUAUCUCAACGGUGUUCCAUAGAAACCGAGGCAGAUUUGCCUGGGUUCUUCAGCUAAUCGCCUCUCUUCGAGAUAUUGAUGCAGAUGCUAUUGAAGAGCUCUUCUUCAGGCCCAUCCUAGGAGAGGCCACCGUGAAUGUAUUACUUCUAGAGACCCUGUAUAUCAAGCCAGACUGGCUUUGA